UAAGACAUAACAGUUAGACAUGCAUAUAGAAAUCAUUUGCGCUUGACAUUGAUAGUCAGACUACUUCUAAACCUAGCUAGUAGUACAUUGUGUCCAUAAUCCAUUUUAACUAGCCAACAGUCCAAAUAUUAGCUACUGAAAUGUGUAGGUAGGUUGAAACUUGCAUUUCUAUCAGUCACAACUAAGCCAUUCAUAGACGCUAACUACCUUCAGCCCUAUUGACUAUAAUAUAGUAUCUUCUGGCCAGGAGAGUUUUGUUAAGAGCCCCGACGCUCAUUCAGAACGUUAAAAACGCAUCACUUGCGGUACUGUUUUGGAACCCCAAAUCAAAUCUUUAAUUAAAGCAAUAAAUAAUUUCCAAAAAACGAAAGGUUCAAUUACUACACAGCUUUAUAGCGUUAGGGUUCCCACACGGCCAUAUUUCCAUGUUACAGCGCUUGUUUACAGAAGACGGAGGCGUAACUGUUCUAAUUAGCCAUCUGCGUCUUGAACACCUGUGUGUAAACGGAAGAUGGACGCCUCAAACGUGUUGUCACUGAAAAAUACUCUAGGCUGCAACUGUUAAAACCGGUUAAAACAGUGUACAAAGUUCUAGGAAGAAUGGCAGAAACUCAGACACUCAACUUCGGACCAGAAUGGCUCCGGGCCCUGUCUGGGGGUGGCCAUGGGGGUGGUAGCAGCAGUAGCGUUGCCACCUCACCACCUCUCUCACCUGCAAUGCCAAAGUAUAAACUUGCAGACUACCGCUACGGGAGAGAAGAAAUGCUAGCACUUUAUGUCAAGGAUAGGGAGAUCCCUGUAGACCUACAUGAUAAGGAUUUUCUGCCCAUUUUACAAGAGGAGCCCCUGCCACCACUGGCACUUGUAGCUUUUACAGAGGAAGAGCAGAGAAAUUUUUCCAUGUCUGUAAACAGUGCCGCUGUGCUCAGGCUGAUGGGAAGAGGAGGGGGUCCGGUUGGGCCAGGGGUGCCGAGGGGUCGAAGUACCUCACGGGGUCGAGGUCGGGGUAGAGGAGACGGAGGGUUUUACCAAAGAAGUUUUGAUGACGUGGAAGGAGGCUUUGGCCGCGGGGGCAGGGAGAUGCACCGCUCCCAGAGCUGGGAGGAGAGUCAUGCUGAGUCUAUUUUCUCCCCGUCUAGGGGAGACCGAAGGUUUGAAAAGCCAAGUCGAAAAGAGACAGAAGUUGCUCCUACCCACUUCCCGAUGAAUCAUAUCCGUGCUAACUACGAGGAGGUUGGGACCGGUGUGGGGGGCUUGCCUGUGAGGAAGCAUGACUUCACGCGUUCGGAGAGUGAGAACUGGCGCACGUCCCGGGACGAAGUGAAUGGUGAGGAUGGUGACGAGGGGGGCUGGCGCCUAGCGGGUGCCUCACGAUGGGACAGCGACCGGUGGUGCCCCCCGAGUCCAGAAGGGCCGCGGUCGGCAGGGUGGCGAGAGGCUCACCCGGGGGAGCAGCCGCGGCAGCGCAGGCUCCCGUUCGACGCCAGGGAGGAUGAGCGCGGCUACAGGCAUCCCCCAUCGGGCAGCGGCAGCCUGGAGGAGGAUGGAGGCAGCCUGCCAGAGUGGUGUCUGGAGGACGCUGAAGAGGAGACGGGCACCUUCGACUCCUCCGGGGCCUUCCUUUCGCUCAAGGUUCGAAAAGCUCCCAAGGAGCCCAUCCUGGAGGAGGCAGAGCUGGACUUCAGACCCCUGGAGGAAUGUGACGAGGGUCUGGAGGAGGACGGACAGCCCCGGGAGACCAAAGACACAGACGGAGAGGCCAGGAGAGAGCCCGACAGAAAACAGGAUGUGGGUAGAGCGGUGGAGGAGGCUCCCUCUCCUCCUGAGCCCCAGCCCCCCACCACCCUGCUGCCCCCUAGCCAGCCCAACAGAGUGGAGGAGCCUGAGAGGCCGUUGGAGAGGCCAUUUGAGCGAACCCCAGCCCCGGAACACAGGCCAGAGGCCAACAAAGUCCCCCUGCCCAACACAAUGCUGGACUCCCUCCCCAUCCCCCACACCGCUGCACACACUCUCACAGUGUCUCCAGUGUCGGCCCCGUCGCCCACCAUCCGGAUGCAGCAGAAGCCCCUGGAGGUGCCCGUGGUCAUGCCCGCCCCGCUGCCCUUCAGUGCUAGUCUCAUGGCCCAGAGCACGUCUAUCAUGGCCCCUAACAUUAUUGCCACCAGCACGGACCUCAUGGCGCCCAUCGGAAGGCCCACGGCCAUGCCGCCACACCGCACCAUGGAUGAAGAUGAGGGACUGAAGCACUUUGAACAAGAGGCAGAGAAGAUGGUGGCUUAUCUACAGGACGGUGAUGACCGGCUGGCUGCCAAGAGCUCAGCACACAAACCAGCCGGCCUGCCGCUCACACAUGAGGCUGCUCUGAAGUGGUUUUAUAAAGACCCCCAGGGAGAGAUACAGGGUCCGUUCAGUAACCCGGAGAUGACAGAGUGGUUCCAGGCUGGCUACUUCACCAUGAACCUGCUGGUGAAGAGAGGCUGUGACGAGGUCUUCCAGCCCCUGGGUGAGAUCAUCAAGAUGUGGGGCAGGGUGCCCUUUGCCCCCGGCCCAGCACCGCCACCCCUACUGGGUGACGCCGGGGACCAGGAGCGUCUGAAGCGGCAGCAGGAGCUGACGGCCCUCAACCUGUACCAGCUGCAGCAGCUGCAGUACCAGUACCUGUUGAGGCAGCAGUACGCCCAGGCCCUGGCCCAGCAGAAAGCCCAGGCCCUCAGCUCAGCACCACACCAGCAGCAGCAGCAACAGCAGCAGCAGAUCAACCUGCUCCUCCAGCAAUACCAGGCCCUCAAGAUGAGGUCAGCGGAAAACACAACAUCUGAGAGUCUCUUACCUCCUGUGACUCAGUCCAUGUCCGUACCAGACUCCCAGGGUUCUGUGUGGGAAAUGCAGAACACCUCUCAAGCCUCCUGCACAUCAAACAUCCAGCAACCCACACCCAGUGCGUGGGAGGGCAGCAGCGUGUGGGAUCUGCCCAUAGACUCCAUGGCCCAGGCCCCCACCAUAGAACAGAUGCAACAGCUGGAGAAGAACAAGGCUGCCAAGGUUCCUCAUCAGCUGGAGCGUGAGCGGGGUGAGGCAGAGCUGAGUGCCAAGAGGGAGGAGGAGGAGAAGAAAAGACUGGAGGAGGUGUUACGGGCCAGACAGGAGGAGGAACACAAACGCCUGGAGGAGGAGGAGCUAUCACGUCAUAAACAGGAGGAGGCAUUGAAGAGGCAGCGGAAGCAGGAGGAGGCGCAGCGCCAACAGAAAGAGGAGGAAGAGGAGCGGCAGGCACAGGAGGAGGCCCUCCGCAGACUGGAGGAGAGGAGGAGGGAAGAGGAGGAGGAGAGGAAGCAAAGGGAAGAGUUCCUCCGCAAACAGGAGGAGGCGCGCCGAAAGCAGGAGGAGCUGGAGACCCUGAGGAGGCGUGAGGAGGAGAAGCGGCAAGAGGAGGCGGCGGCGGCCGCGGUGGCGUUGGCAAGGCAACAGCAGGAGGAGGCGAAAAGGAGGGAGCAGGAGGCGGUGAGGCAGCAGGAGCUAGCCAGACAGAGGCAGCAGCAGCAGGAGGCGCUCCGCCGACUACAGCAGCAACAACAGCUAGCCCAGAUGAAGCUGCCGUCUUCCUCUAAGUGGGGCCAGCAGUCAGCAGUCACGGCAGCAGCCAUCUCCCAGUCCCAGAACGCCCUGUCGCUUGCUGAGAUCCAGAAAGUGGAGGAGGAGAGGGAGCUACAGGCACGAGAGGAGCAGCGGCGCCAGCAGGCGGAGCUCCUGAAGCUGCAGCAGCAGCAGGCCCUGCAGGAGGCCCGGAAUCCCCAAGCCAAGCUCUCUGGCUGGGGCAGCAUGGCCAAGCAGCCAGCCACCACCAAGUCCCUGCUGGAGAUCCAGAGGGAGGAGGCCCAGCAGGUAAAGCAGAGGAAGGAGCAGGGGAGUGGGGGCCAGCAGCCCAGUCACCCCACCGUCACCCAGCAGAACCGCGCCCAGAACAGAGCUACCACCGCUCUGAGCCCCUCGGUGUGGGGCUCGGUGGCCACCAGUGGCGGUGGUGGCGGGGCUCCUAACUGGGGCGGGGACAGCAGCAUCUGGGGUGACAGCACCAACUCCAACAUGGGCUUCUGGGACGAGGAGGUGAAGGAGACGGCCCAGCCCCCGCCACAGGCCCCACCCCCCGCCAGGAAGCCCAACGCUCAGAAGAACAACAAAGGCAACGCCAACAUCAGCAGUCGGGCCAAUAAGAAGGUGGAGGAAGAGGAGAAGCUGCUGAAGUUGUUCCAGGGGGUCAAUAAGAGACAGCAGGAUGGCUUCAUGCAGUGGUGUGAGAAGACCCUGCACACCCUCAACACCGCCAACAACCUGGACGUCCCGACAUUUGCGUCCUUCCUGAAGGAGGUGGACAGUCCGUACGAGGUGCACGACUACGUGCGCGCCUACCUGGGGGACACGUCCGAGGCCAAGGAGUUUGCCAAGCAGUUCCUUGAGCGCCGUGCCAAGCAGAAUGCCAACCAACAGAAACCGCCCCAGGCCCCGCAGAACCAGCAGCCAACGUUGAAACAGCAACAGCAGGAUUCAGUGUGGGGUGUGAGCGGGACGAGCUCUCCGUCUCUGUACCAGUCAAACCACACCAGCCUCCAGCAGCAGGCACGCUUCGAGACCGUCACCUCAGGGAAGAAGAAGAAAAAGCAGAAGAUGGUCCGGGCAGACCCCAGCCUGCUAGGUUUUUCUGUGAAUGCGGCGUCUGAGAGGUUGAACAUGGGCGAGAUUGAGACGGUGGAGGACUUUUAAAGGGACUGCUCUGCUGCCAAACCCACUGACCAUAUCGCUCUGAACAGCUGCCAUUUUACCCCCUACAACCACCCCACCCCGAUCCCCUUUUACUUUUUCAAACAGCAUCCUCUUUCCGUUCUGUUUUGUAUGUUAAUUUAACAUUUGUCAUUGGAAGCUGGGGAUGCUUUCCAGUGCUAGAGGACCCCCCAAAAAAACAUCCCUAAUGAGUAUGUCACCCCUAUGUGAGACAGGGAGAAGGCUAACGAAGCAGCCAAACAAUCAAAUGGAACAUAAAAACCAACCAAGCAAUGAAACAUCGAACAAACUGACCAACAAAUCAAUCAAUUUAUAGGCCAAAUCUGACUUCUCCCGAAGAAGAGAGCUGAGAGGAGGACAUGGAUGUCUCUCCCUGUCUAUGGUCGGCUGUUCAGUCCCCUCCUAGUAUCUUGUCUGAAAGUACGCAAAAGAGAGACGUUACCUGAUGCAAUCUUCUCCCCAUGAAAUGUAACGUGUGGGGUGGCAGGGGGUUUUUGGGGGGAAAAUAUAACUUUUUUUCUGUUUUGUUAUUUUUAUUUAUUGAAUGUUUUUCUCCCCCCCCCCCCUUUCUCCUCCUUCCCUCCCUUCUGUUUUCUGCCGGUUGUUCGUGGAUGGUGAUGGUAUUGUAGGAGCCAAGGAUGUGUGCCCACUGAUGUCCUGUUUUAAGGACAUGUUCGAAAGUUCCAAGUAGUUAUCAAUUUCUUGUAAAAUACUAGGCUGUUUAAAGAAUAAACUUUCAAUUCUGCAUCUGUAUUAUAAUAUAUGGAAAUGAUGAACUACUGGAGUCAUACUUUUCUAUUGCGGUAUGAAAUAAAACAGUCUCUUGUGUGGGCUGUUCACACCUCUCUUUGAA